AUGUUGGCAAAGGCGGACGAACUUGCUUUGAAGUUAGGUUUGACAGACUUCAAGCGUUCAGUCGGGUGGCUGAAUCGUUUCAAGGCUCGGCAUGGAAUAUCCAGCCACAAGAUAGUCGGCGAAAGUGCGUCGGUUGAUCCGAAGUCUGUAAGUGAGUGGUUGCCCUUGCUUCAGAACAUCCUCAGCCGAUACCAGCCUCGAGACGUUUACAACGCAGACGAGCUCGGGAUGUUUUAUAACCUCUUGCCAGACCGUACUCUUGCGGUGAAAGGGGACGUAUGCAAGGGUGCGAAGAGGAGCAAGGAGCGCCUCACAGCCCUCCUUUGCUGCAACAUGGACGGCAGCGACAAAAUGAAGCCCCUAGUAAUAGGAAAGUCAAAAAAACCGAGAGGUUUCAAGGGGAACAUUCUUCAUUGCGACUACGACUUCAACAAAAAAGCGUGGAUGAAUGCAGCAGUUUUCACGAAGUGGCUUCGCAGCUUUGAUGCGAAAAUGGAUGUGAUGAAUAGGAAAGUUGUCCUGUUCGUCGACAAUUGCCCUGCACAUCCUCCGCUCGAUAAUCUCAGAAAUAUUGAGCUGGUGUUCUUGCCUAAGAACACCACCAGCGUGCUUCAGCCUCUGGACCAGGGGAUAAUCCAACAGGUGAAACUGAAGUACCGGGAAAUGCUUGUGCGGAGCAUGGUGUUGCAGCAUAACAUCGGGAAAGAGAUAAAGAAGUGGGACAUGUAUAGGGCAACGGAAGCAAUUGUUACCAGCUGGAGGGCAUUGAAACCAGAAGUAAUUGCCAACUGUUUCCGACACGCCAACUUCGUCACACCAGUCGACGAUGUGCCUCUCGCUGUCACCAACCCUGAAAACCCUGACGACACUGACGACCCACCCACAGUGGACGCCGAGCCCCAGCCGGGCCCCUCGACGAAGCCGCAGCAUCAGAUUUUCACUCUGCCAUGCGACGACGAAUUGUGGCAGCAAUUGGCCCCAGACUGCACGUUUGCAGAGUUCGUGACAGCGGAUGACAACGUUGCAGUUUGGGGUACACAAGAUGAUGAUUCCGAUGACGUCAAGGGGCAGGAGCCGAGCGAUGAAGAGGAGGAGGAGGAGGAGGGGGAGGGGGAGGGAGAAGCAGAAGAGCCAGAAGUUGUGCCGACGACGAGAGACGUCCUCAAAGCUGGGGAUGUCUAUGAAUAUCUUCUGAGGCGGCAUGCUCACCUGGCGCCGAGAGACGUGUCUGGCAGGCAUCCGGCGCAGGGGGACGAAUGGUGA